AUGACCCAAGACCCGUCGAACUCGAUCCUCUGCGAUCCCGCGGGGAGUGUCGAUGCUGAGGACGACAUCUUCUGCCUUGCGGUAUCUUUCCUCUUUGUGCAGUCGCUACGCUUUACCUUCUCAGGCAGCCUUCCAGGAAAGCUGGGGCUCUACCACGAGGUGUCGACAGAAGCGAACCAGAUGCUGGCCCUCUAUGGCUCCGCAGUGCUGAUGGUGCUGGCCACUGGCCAUAUUUAA